CAUUACCAUGCUUUCAAAUUGGAGGACCAGAAGGAGUGGAUUCUUGUGCAGCCAGGGGAGGAGAAAGAAUUUCAUCCUCUUGACACAUAUGUGCAUGAUGAUACCAAGUAUAUUACAUUAUACCACAGAGUGCAGUAUUCUAGAGCAACAAAUUGAUGGAGAGACUCUGCUGGGUCUCACGGAAAGGAUGGUGGAAAGACUUUUUCCUGUAAUGAAACAUCAGGUGACAUUUAUGAAGGAGCUUAAUAAGUUAAAAAACCUGGAAACUGAAGUGCCUCAAAUAUCUUGUACUCGACAAGAACCCUGUGAGAAUGAGGGCUCAUUUGUUGCCCAACCUUGGCCAGCAGUAUACAACCUGCCUGUCUUUCCCCCUGAACUGCAAGCUGCUUUGCAGAGGAAGGAUCCCGGCUUUAAGAAGAAGGACAAGUCCCACAUCCGUGCAUUACUGAUUCAAGUGUUGUUUGACAGCAUCACUAAGCACACCUGGUACCCAAAUCAUAAAAUGUAUGGAGAUGUUCUGGGGAGUUUGAUCACCCGCUUUCCAUUUUUGAAGGAUGGCAGCUCCUCUGGUUAUGAUACCUUGUUGGAAUGCCUUAGAAACAAAUUUAAAAAAGAAAGGAUUCCCUUGGUUAGCUCAUCGAUCGUCCUGCAAAUGAAGGAGAAGUAUGGGAUUAAAAGGAAGUGUGCUGGACAAACAGAUUCGGAGGAACUUGGUCAACAACAAGAGAGUGCAAAAUGUAGAAGAGAACCAUUGGAUAUAUUGGCAUUUAAAGAUUCUGCUUGUUCGCAGGAGAUUGUGUUGGACCUGGAAGUAAUGGGUGAGGAUGAGACAAGUUUCCGGGAACACAUUAAUGCCAUCACCCUGGAGUUGCGUAAAAGCAAUCCCAGUUACUCUGAAGUCAAGAACCGGAUGAAGCGCACUCUUUUCAAAAGAGUACAGCUUAUGGACAGGCCUGCAGCUGAAGUAAUGGAGCAGUUUCCUUUUCUUGGAGUGCCACAGCUUAUGCUGCAUGAAAUGACAAUGAGGUUUGGAACAGACUUGGCGAAGAACAUGGAAACAUCUCUGAAUGAAAUGGCACCAAACAUCAUCAGGAGUGCAAAAGAAGGAAGUCAAAAAAAACUCUACGCCAAUCUCAUUGGACUAGCAGAGGAAACCACAGAAGGUCUCGUUAGGAAUGCUGCACUCAUUUUAUUGCCAGCACUAUUUAAAGAAAACGCCAGCUUCCUCUACUGUGUGGAUAGUGAACCCAAAGGUGCUACACCAACCAUAGUGUUUAACGGCUCUCCUGAUCCCCUCAAGGCUGAAAGCAUCAGCAUUAUAAUGGACAAUGUGAACAUCAUAAGAGAGGCAGACAUUGACAUGACACAGGCUGUGGAAUGCCUAUUUGCAGUCUAUUUUCUCUUCAAUGUGCAAUACCCGGUUGACAUUAAGCACACAAUGACUUUUAUUCAAAAAUAUAUGCUUAAACUUAGACAAGAGCACGGCAAAAGAACACCAAUACCUGUACUGAAAAUGUACAGUCAACUUGUGUAAAUUGUAGAGCUAUUUAAUAGUUGUUUUAAUUGUUCAUGUAUUGAUUUUUAUCUGCACUGUCAAAUAUCAAAAAUUAUUUAGUUUUUCCUCCUUUCAGAGAUAUAUGUAAAAGUGAAGUACUGUAUAUGUACAUAAACAAGCUUAUGUAUGUUUUUUGCAAAGUGAAAAUGCUUAAAUGAAAUAAUUCAAACUAAAUGGUUAAAUGUAAUUAAACAUCUUAAAUGUAAAAUGUGAAAUUUGCUGUCUAAUGCAGAGUAUACAGAGGUGCAAUUUUAAAUGACACUGAUAUUUUUGUAUAAUCAGUUGAAUAAAUGU